AUGGCCGCGACGCUCGCGCAGAGCGCGGCAUACAAGACGAAACGCGCCAACGAUAUGGUCGCGCAGCUGCACCUCGACGACCCCGACGCGCGUGUCCCGCCCGCGCUGUCGAGUGCGGAUGAGGCCGAAAUGGCGAAUAGUCGUAUGGAGGCCGUCGGCGCGCAUGCCGGCGCGUGCCUCGUCGAGCGCCUUGCGACCGAUCGGCCACGCACCAAGGACACGCUCGAGCGCGUAAAAUUCGUGUGCAAGGAGCUAUGGACGACGGUAUGGGACAAGCAGAUCGACAAUCUGCGCACGAAUCACCGCGGCGUCUUUGUCCUCCAGGACAACCACUUUCGGCCGCUACUGGGCGUGCGCGACGCGCCGGUCUAUGUUGCGCAGCAGCUCGCGUACGCCACCGGCAUUAUCCAGGGCGCGUUGCGCCGCCUGGGCGUCGCGGCGAGCGUGCACGCCGACGCAUCCGCCAUGCCACAGUGUGCUUUUCACGUGCGUGUCGCUACGUAG